CUAUAGCCCCUUCCCCCUUGAUCCGGCACUGUUGGUGGCUAAAUGUAAUGCAGUUGUUAAUUUCCGCAAUGUUAAUUAUCGGAAGACCCAGCAAGUAUAUACGGAAACGCCGGGAAUUAAUAUAGAGUAAAUUACUGUGAAAACUUUCAAUGGCUGCUACAAAGCGUGCUCUAGUUUAUGGAGGAAAAGGCGCCCUUGGAUCUGCAUGUGUAUCUGCCUUAAGAGAAAAGAACUAUUGGGUGAUUAGUGUUGAUUUACUUGAAAAUGAUGCAGCUGAUAAAAAUGUUCUGGUCACUGAAGUAACUGACUGGGAGCGCCAAGAGUUAGAAGUAAAAACAAAAGUUGGAGAGCUUCUUGCUGAUCAAAAACUUGACGGAGUAUUUUGUGUGGCAGGAGGAUGGGCUGGUGGAAAUGCUUCAUCAAAAGAUUUUAUAAAAAAUGCUGACAUGAUGUGGAAACAGAGUGUUUGGUCAUCAACUAUAUCUGCUAGCAUAGCUUCUUUACAUUUAAAAGAAUCCGGUUUACUGGUGUUGACUGGUGCAGUUCCUGCUUUAAAAGGGACUGGAGGAAUGAUUGGAUAUGGUAUGGCAAAAGCUGCUGUUCACCAACUUACUAAAAGUUUAGCAGCUGAUGGGGGUCUUCCUGAUAAAUCUCAAGUUGUAGCAAUCUUACCAAUUACACUAGAUACGCCUAUGAAUCGAAAGUAUAUGCCUGAUGCUGAUGUAACUUCUUGGACUCCGUUAGAGUUUGUUACUGACUUGUUUAUCGAUUGGUUAAAUGGCGUUAAUUGUCCAGGUUCAGGAAGCCUAGUGAAACUUUGUACUAUUGGUGGCAAAACUGAAACCAAACUGGCUGAAUAAUGAUCUCCUAAAAUAUUCUCAAGUCUCUUGAAUUCUGUAAAACACAUUUGAUAUUAAGAAAAUGAGUCUUAAGGGUUUGUAAACCUUAUAUUUGUAAGAAAAUCUUUUUUAUAUAUAUUUAUGUUAAUUUUUUUACCAGAAAAAUUCUCUUGUAUAUCA